CGCAUAAAUUAGCAGAAACCAGAAAAAGUUAGGUUAGGAUCAUGCAAAUAUUUACAAAUUUAUAGUGAUUAUUAAAAAUGGAAAGUAACUUAAAGCAAACUCCAGAUGAACUGAAGGAGCUGGGCAACCUCUCAGUAAAGAACCAAAAGUACGAAGAAGCUAUUUUGCACUAUACCCAUGCCAUAAAACUUGAUCCUUUAAAUUAUACUUUGCACAGUAACAGGUCUUAUGCAUUCCUAAAAGUACAUCAGUAUUAUUAUGCUCUUGAAGACGCAAAUGAGACUAUCAAACUAAAUCCUUCGUGGCCAAAGGGUUAUUUUAGAAAAGGAGAGGUAGAAUACACUACCGGACACUAUACAGAUGCGUGCAACUCGUACCGAAAGGCGUUAGAAUUAAAGCCGGAUGAUCUCAACCUAGUCGAAGCACUAAAUAAAACCGCUAAAGAAAUUUUAAAAGAACAGAAAGCUGACGAAACUGUACCAUGGUUAGGGGCAGGUAUAGGAAUCGUUGUAGGGGUUGCCAUAGUCAUAGCUGAUUGCGUUUUUACUUUUAAACCGACACAUCCAAUGCUGAUGGCUUUUGUGACCAUGGUGAUUGCCAUGGUAGGCUAUAGUAUUGCAAGAUUAUACCGGUAUUGGGUCAAAUGCCAAAGGGAUGGUUUGUUGGAACCACCAAUAGAUUUAAUGAACGAUACGCCAACUGGUGUAGACGCAGAGCCUAAUCUGCAGGAGGGAAAAUCACACACACCCAGAUACACGAAAUCGCAGGCGAGGCAGCGGUAUAAGAAAGGAAAAUUUUACGACAUGGAAGUGAAGUCGACAGGAAAUUCUAGGCUUUUUUUAACAACUCCUGUAGAAAAUAAAGAUGAUUCGGAGGAGAAACUAGAACGUAGUUACCAAUUCCUUCAAGGCACAAUAACAGGAUUAAGUGAUAAGGAUGCACACGAAGCUCUCAACAAGGCUCUUUUAAAGGAGAAAGGUUAUGAGGAAGUGUCGCUUGGACUUUUAGUAACUAUUUUAACCGAUCCCCACAAUGCGGCAAAAAGUUACAGGGACUUAACAUUAAUUACACGUGAUGGUUUUGGACUUAUAGUAACAAAUUUAUCUCAGUUAAUUUUGGAAAAAUAUUUGAAAUUCAAUGAUGUAGUUAAACAGCAGUUAGUAUGGCUCCUCCGAGAAAUGAUAAAAAAUGCUGUUAGUAAUGUUGAUAAUUUAGUAUGGAAUUUGAUGAGACAUGCAGCUGGUGGUGAUGUAUCUCCAAAGAACAUUACGCUUAUUGAAUCUUUACUUGAUGUUUUUAUAGAAUACAGAAGUUGGCUAGAGAAAUUUCCACUUCUUAUUGCAUCCGUAGUUUACACUUAUUUAAGGUUGAUAGAAGACCACCAUGCGCCUUACCUAACCAAUUUGAAACAGAAAGAAGUUAACUUUUUAAUAAGUAUAAUGCGUGAACACUUUCAUGAGUGCUUGGUUAUAGGAAGAGACUUAGUCCGUCUGUUACAGAACGUGGCUAGAAUACCGGAAUUCGAGCAGUUAUGGAGGGAUAUUUUGCUGGCACCAAAAACCCUGUGCUCUACGUUUAGUGGUAUACUGCAACUACUACAGAAUCGGACGUCACGUCGGUUUUUACAGUCCAGAUUGACACCAGAAAUGGAGAAAAAGCUCGUAUUUCUUACUUCUCAGGUAAGAUUUGGAAAUCAUAAACGUUACCAAGACUGGUUCCAAAGGCAGUACUUAGCAACACCCGAAUCACAAAGCCUUAGAUGCGACAUAAUACGUUUUAUUGUAGGCGUCAUCCACCCUACUAAUGAACUAUUGUGUUCUGACAUUAUUCCACGAUGGGCUGUCAUCGGUUGGCUUUUAACUACAUGUACGUCAAGUGUAGCUGUCUCCAAUGCUAAGUUAGCAUUGUUCUACGAUUGGUUAUUUUUUGAUAGUGAAAAAGAUAAUAUUAUGAACAUUGAACCUGCGAUCUUAGUUAUGCACCAUUCGAUGCGUUCUCACCCAGCUGUGUCUGCAACGCUCUUAGAUUUUUUGUGUCGGAUAAUCACCAACUUUUACCCACCUUUGACAGAUAAGGUGCGAGCGGGAAUUUUUGCGUCUUUGAGACAAAUUUUAGACAAACGAGUUCUGCCGUCGCUGCUACCUCUCUUUGACAAUUCGAAAUUAGACCGGGAACUAAGAAAUAUGGUGCGUGAAACGUUUAAAGAAUUCUGCAACGCCAUGCCCCUUGAAUCAUCCUCGAAAGAUGAAUUUAAUGUGGCUCAUACUACCAAGUACGAAGACGUUGACAAUGUGGAGUCUCGAAUGGCUGCUGCUUUGAAUAAUCACAUUUUGGAUAACGAACCGGCGUUUAGUGAUGACGAAGAAGAGCCCGGUUUAACGAUAAAUACCAACUUGGAAGAAGAUACCGACGAUGACGACAUUCCAUUAUCCAAAGUUAGGCUGAAGGAAAAAAGUGACAAAUCCGACGACAGUCUAAUAGAAGGGCCCAUAGGAGAAACGCUUUUAAAACUUCAACAAGAAACCGAUGCGGAUGAAAGAUGCGAGUUAAUGGAGAAGCUAAUAGAGCAGGUAGUGGAUUUAGACGAGGAAGACGAGAACUUACCCGUUGUAGCUAAAACUUUGAGCAAUUGUGUAAAGGAGGACAUAAAAGGAGAAGUAUUCCCUGAAAAUUUAACACAAGAAAAUCUCUUGGACAGUAUUAAGUCACCGUUGUUCGUUUUGUUUAAGACAUUGUAUGGUUUAAAUAAGGACGAAGUGGGUAAGGAUGUUUUAUAUCGUUUAGCGGCAGAGAUGUAUCGUUAUUUACCCAACUUAGGUUACUUAAUUCUUUACUUUCUUAAAGUGCAAAUAAGGACAGAAAACAAAAAGGAAGACCACACCAAAGCUAGUGCACUAAAGAUCAGUGUUUACAAAGAUUUUUGUCAGAGUAUAGAGAAGAAAAUAGACAUUUGUAUUUUUGAUGACUUAUACGCAUGCCAUAUCAGUGAUACUAAAUUAAUGAUGUGGAUAGUGCCUGAUUUAUAUAGGGAUUUUAAACAACAGACUUUAAAUAAUGCUCAAAUAUUGCGGGUGAUAAUUUCUGCUAUAGACGCGCGACAGUUGCAGACUCUAGUGGGGAAGGUGUUGCAGGGUCACCUGGUGAUGUUCAAACCCGAGAACCUUCAGGCCCUGCUGAAAAUCAGCCUGUCGUGGGAAAGUAUCGAACAGUUUUUCCUGUGGCAGUUGGUGAACGCCCACGACAUUUCCAUAGACACUGUUUUACCUCUCAUCACCGAGUUAGAUUAUGAACAACAUUCGGAGGCUUUAAUGGCUAUUACGCUUAUGCUUAAACAGGAGAAACCCAACGCGGAUUACAUAAAAUAUUUAUUUUCUAGAGACAUUAGUGACAACGGGGACUUAUUUGUGUUUACGAUCAUUAAAUAUUGGUGUGACGAGUACAUAGACAAGGUGGCAGAACUAAUUUCCUCUUUGUUGAGCACGAGAUACCCCUCGACGUCCCCCAACAAACGGAAACGUUCCGGGGGUAAAACCUUGAGCGCGACAGUGCCCAGUGCCGAUCAGGUGUUGGGACAUUUGGAGAAACUCCGUAUUAUUUGCGAAAAGCACGACUGCAUGGCGAUCUACACGUUGGACUCCAUGCAGAGGGCUCUCAGUAUUGCGCAGAACAACAGCAACGACAGCCAGAGGAAGCAGUUCAGCGAACUGUUUGCCCUGAUGGAGGAGGAGGAGGAAAUUAGUGCUACGAAAAGCAGGUCACAGGGGAGAGGAAGGAAACCGGCUACUAAGGCCACAACCGCAAACAAAAGGCAGGCAGUUCGGGAGAUAUCCGAUUCUUCGGAAGAAAGUAGUGAGGAGGAAGAAAUUGUGAAGCCGAAACAAGCUAAAAAAAGGAAAAAAGUCAUGUCAGACAGUGAUUGACGGAAGCAAGUACAGAGAAGUACCUCUGAUGUGGUAUAUAGGGACUCGGGUCGUCAUAUCAGAAAAAAGCUUGUGAUCAUAAUUCUAAGGAAGUACCUGCUUCUGGUACGGUUUCUUCGGGGAGGAAUGGAAGUGAGGAAUAACACUGCCCUUACCAUCUUUAAGGCAAUAAUUGUCUUGAAAAUAAGAAUAACUUUUAUGUACCUUAAAAGUUUCAACUAAGAAUUUGUUACUGUAUCAUUUUAGAUGUUAUGUAUCCAAAUAAUCAUUAAUUAUUGAUGUAUAUUCUGUAUUUAUAUAAUUUGUCUGUAAAUAAUUGUUAUUGUUAGAUCCCCUGUUUUUUUAUGCCCAGGGUUAAGUAAAUA